AUAUUUUUCUUCUUCUUCAGCGGCACACGUGCUAGCUGCUUGCGUUUUGUUUUUUUCGCAAAUUAUUCGUCGUAAUUUGCGAAAAUGCGCAUCGAAACGUGUUAUUUUUGCUCCAGCAAGAUAUACCCUGGCCACGGGGUGAACUUCGUUCGAAAUGAUUGCAAGAUUUUCAAGUUCUGUCGGGGCAAGUGCCACAAGGCCUUCAAGCGGAAGAAGAACCCCCGCAAGGUCGGCUGGACUAAGGCGCACCGCAAGGCCGCUGGAAAGGAGCUGGCCAUCGAUCCCAGCUUCGAGUUUGAGAAGCGUCGCAACGUGCCCAUUAAAUACAGCCGUGAGACGUGGGAGAAGGCGCUGGUGGCCAUCAAGCGAGUGACGGCCAUCAAGAAGCGUCGCACCGACCACUUUGUUAUGGAGCGCCUCCGCAAGGGACGCGAGAUGGAAAUCAAUAUGGACGUCAAGGAUGUGCAGCGCAACAUGUCCCUCAUUCGUUCGCCAGCCGCUGGCCUCAAGGAGCGACGCGCCAAGGAGGAGGCCGAGGAGGCUGCCCUCAUGGAGGAGGAUCUGCCCGAGGAGAAGAUCACCUACGUGGAUGCGCGCGAGCUCGAGAAGAGGCUCGAGGAGGGAAUGGGAAUCGAGGAUCUGGAGAUGUUAGAAGCCUAGGGACUCGUACACUGAUUUUAGUUUUAGGACGCUUGCUAUAUAAAAUACAUAACAUUAAAAUAAAAACCCCGUGGUACAUAA